ACAAUCCUGUCAGAGCUUAGCUUCUUACCUCUCGCAAACGGUCCCCUAUACUUCUCCUCUUCUGUAAAUACUAAAUACCACCCACCGUCACUUCCCCCUUCCCUGCUGCAAACCCUAGCUUUAAUUUUUUUCUGUUUCAGAUUCAAAAUCAUCCAGAUUGAAUUCAGUUAGGGUUUCCAUGGAAACCCUAACUCUAGUUCAUUCUCUUCCGAAUCUUCCCAUUUUCUUCUUUCUGUUUCUCGCAAUCUACCUUGUUGGUUACUUCGUCGUCUUCCGAAAUUGGAGCCCCAAGAUCCGACCUGAAGCCUCCAGCUGCUUCAUCUCUCUUGCCCAUGGCACUCCGGCGGUGGUUUUGGCCUCGUUUGCGCUCUACGCCGACUCGCAGCGCGGCUUUGCUGCUCCCAACACGGCGUUUCAGGGCCUGGUGCUCGAUUACAGCAUUGCUUACUUCUUGAUGGAUCUGUGCCAUUACUUGGUCUUCUUCCCCAGCGACAUCCUCUUCAUUGGCCAUCACCUCGCCACACUCUUCGUCUUCGUCACAUGCCGUUACGUCGUCUUCCACGGCUCGUACGCCAUACUCGUUUUGCUUGUUCUGGCAGAGGUCACCAGUGCGUUCCAGAACACGUGGACGCUCGCCGGUGCUCUGAAAUCCGACGUGGCGACUGCGGCGAAAGUGUAUGAGCUCUUGUCGCCUCCAUUUUAUGCAUUCUAUUCCGUCGUUAGAGGAUUUAUUGGGCCGCUGUUCAUGUAUAAAAUGGGUGUGUUCUUCUUGAGUGGGGCCGCUGAUCAUGUGAUUCCUAGGUGGGUUUGGGUUUCCUGGAUUUUCGUUGUUUUAUCGGCAAUUAUGGUUAGUAUACUCUGGAUUUCAAAUCUUUGGGCUGAGUUGUAUAGGGAAAGGAAAACCAAAUUGCGGAAAUUAGAGAAGAAAGUAAGUUAGGCCAUCAAUUGGGUUCUUCUUCUCUUGGCUUAUUUACAUUCCAAUAUUGUACCUUGAUUGGUGAAAAACUUACCCCGAUUGCUUUUAAGUUAUGGGAACUCAUUAAGCUCAGUUUGGUUCUCCGUUACUCUGCAGGCUCUAAUUUAGGAAAAUACAUUUGUUUUUAGCUUACAAAUCUGAGUAGUUCUGUAUUCUGGGAAUAGUUUUUGAAUGCCAUGAAUAUGAUCGGAAGGUUAUUUUCUACUUAACCUGGGAUUAUAUUUUCUAA